AUGUCCACCAUCAAAGGCAAAGCUAUCGCCAUUACAGGCGCGGCCUCUGGUAUUGGCCGCGCCACGGCAACCCAGCUUGCGUCUCUCGGCGCUCGACUGUCUCUCGCCGACGCCAAUGCAUCGCUUCUUGAAGAGGUCAGAACUGAACUGGCAGAAGUCGCCGGCCCACAGAACAUUCACUCGAAGCAGGUUGAUGUGCGAGACCGGGGAGCCGUUGAAUGUUGGAUCCACGAAGCUGCUGAUAAGUUCGGCCAGCUGGACGGCGCGGCGAAUCUGGCAGGCGUAAUUGGAAAGCAGCAGAACAUAGCUUCCAUUGCCGAAAUCGAUGACGAUGACUGGGAUUUUGUUAUGGGAGUUAACAUCAAGGGCGUAUUGAAUUCGUUGCGGGCACAGAUCCCAGCAUUGAAAGACGGUGCUUCUGUGGUCAAUGCUGCAUCGGUGGCAGGAAUCAUCGGCUUGCCGAACAGCGCUGCCUAUGUCACAAGCAAGCAUGGUGUUGUCGGUUUGACAAAGACGGCUGCGAAGGAGCUCGGGUCGAGACACGUACGGGUCAAUGCAGUUGCUCCCGGCCCCAUUGAGACACCUCUCUUAAAGACAUCAGUACAACGUCUGGGCGAGAGGCCCACGUCUUAUUCUAUGGCUUUGCCAAGACAAGGCCAGCCGAACGAGGUCGCCGCACUGGUUGUAUUUUUGUUGGGAGAUGAGAGCAAGUUCAUCACAGGCUCAGUGUACCAGGUUGAUGGCGGCUUGCAGACACUUGGCUCCAGUGGGAGUAUGGUCUGA